AUGCGUUUCGCUCCCCAAAUGUCGCUAGUCCUGCCUAUGGCAAUACACGGCAUCUUGACCAUCCCAGGGGUAACGGCACACUGCUCGGAUGGACUUGUGAACGUUGUCUUUAACUCGCAUUACAAACUAUCUCAAUUCUCUCAGAUGCCUGGCGCUUCUAAUUGGCUCACGUUCGCUUUUGGAACUCAGCCUAAGCAAAUCCCAAUGUUGGGCAACGACAAGGACGCUGUUGAUAAGGCCAUCGCGGCGGUUAAUGGCCCAAAUCCACCGGACUACUUGCUCACAUUCAACGAGCCCGACAAUGAUUACAAGACGGGCAAAGUGAUAUUGCAUCCCAAAGAUGCCGCUGAUCUUAUUAAACCAUUGUUGAAGUCACCUGGAAACCAUACAAAAUUCAUCGCACCAGUGCCGGCCCACCAAAUGAGCACCUGGCUUACUGAUUUCUACAACGAAUGCCAGUGCCGAGACUUCUUCGCUGCACACAACGUCCAUAUCUAUCGACCGACCGUCGAGGAAGCCAAAGCCGAAAUAAACGCUUUCCGCGAGAAGUACAACGAUAAGCCUUUGUGGAUUACCGAGAUUGCACCGGGUCAAUCUACACCACGUUGUCCGAAGACGAUUCCCUGGGACAAGUCGAUCAAGUUCAUGCAAGAAAUAUACGCCUGGGGACAAUCAACUGAAUGGAUUCACAAGAUAUUUUGGAACUCGGGUAAUCAGAUCAACUGUAAUGAUACCAAUGUGGCUGCCUCUUAUCUGCUUGAUUACAAGGAUAAGCCGACGCCACUACUGGAUCCUUUCAAUCACUUGACUUGUUCGUGA